AACCUGGCUGCUCUUCGUCACAUCACACCACUCUCUGCUGUUAAAGCGUCCUAUGGAGCUGCGUCACCCCAUCACGAUGUGAUUUUUUUUCUUCUUCUUCUUCGUCAUCGUCAGUGGAGACGGGGAUGUGUGUUUGGCGCCCGGAACUAAUUUGAGCCUUUGGACUCCACGCUGUCAGGAUUACGUGUCGGUUUAUUACCACCGUAUUCGCAGCCUGUUCGUGUCGCCCGACCAUGGCACAACAGGACGGCGCUGCCAACAAAAACCCGACUGUAGACAGGCUGCACUCCCACUUUAUUGUGGGAUCAGUAUCGGAGGAGAACUCAGAAGAUGAAAACCAAGGGAAGCUGGAAAUGCCACUGGAUGGAAAGGAGACACGCUCUGUGUCACCAUCGUCCAACAGCUCAGACAGCCCGUAUGAAAUAGUCUCUGACCAAAAUGAUGCCUCCGUGCAGAAUCUAAGACCAAGCAUGUCAGGGCUACACCUGGUCAAGCAAGGCAGAGAUCGCCGGCGCAUCGAUCUGCAGAGGGACUUCACAGUGGCUUCACCGGCAGAGUUCGUCACCAGAUUCGGUGGCAACAAGGUCAUCGAGAAGGUUCUUAUUGCCAACAAUGGAAUUGCAGCUGUCAAAUGCAUGCGCUCCAUAAGGCGCUGGGCCUACGAGAUGUUUCGCAAUGAAAGGGCAAUUCGCUUUGUUGUCAUGGUGACCCCAGAAGAUCUGAAAGCCAAUGCAGAAUAUAUCAAAAUGGCAGAUCAUUAUGUACCUGUGCCUGGAGGGACCAACAACAACAACUAUGCUAAUGUGGAGCUCAUUCUGGACAUCGCCAAACGAAUACCUGUACAGGCAGUGUGGGCUGGCUGGGGUCAUGCUUCAGAGAACCCGAAACUCCCAGAGCUGCUGCAAAAGAAUGGCAUUGCCUUUAUGGGGCCCCCAAGUCAGGCGAUGUGGGCUUUAGGAGACAAGAUUGCCUCCUCCAUUGUCGCUCAGACAGCUGGUAUUCCAACUCUACCCUGGAGCGGAACAGGCCUGACAGUAGAAUGGACAGAAAACGACCAAAGAAGGAAGACCAUCAACGUUCCUCAGGACGUGUAUGAGUGUGGCUGCAUUGAAGAUGUAGAGGACGGCCUGAAAGCUGCUGAGAAGGUGGGCUACCCUGUAAUGGUGAAAGCCUCUGAAGGUGGUGGUGGAAAAGGAAUCCGCAAAGUCAACACUGCUGAUGAUUUCCCUAACCUUUUCAGACAGGUCCAGGCAGAAGUCCCGGGGUCACCCAUUUUUGUCAUGCAGCUAGCCAAGCAUGCCCGCCACUUGGAGGUCCAGAUCUUGGGUGAUCAGUAUGGCAAUGCCAUUUCCCUGUUUGGUCGAGAUUGUUCUGUGCAGCGACGUCACCAGAAGAUCAUAGAGGAGGCUCCUGCUACCAUUGCCACUUCUGUCGUGUUUGAAGAUAUGGAAAGGUGUGCAGUGAACCUGGCUAAGAUGGUGGGAUAUGUCAGUGCAGGCACAGUGGAGUAUCUCUACAGCCAGGAUGGCAGCUUCUACUUCCUGGAGCUCAACCCUCGUCUGCAGGUGGAACAUCCCUGUACUGAGAUGGUGGCUGAUGUCAACUUACCUGCUGCUCAGCUCCAGAUUGCUAUGGGUAUUCCUCUUCACCGGAUCAAAGACAUCAGGAUGCUUUAUGGUGUCCAGCCCUGGGGAGACAGUCUCAUUGACUUUGAGGGUCUGUCUACUGCCCCCUCCCCACGUGGCCAUGUCAUUGCAGCACGAAUCACCAGUGAAAAUCCUGAUGAGGGAUUCAAGCCAAGCUCUGGAACCGUGCAGGAGCUGAAUUUCCGCAGCAAUAAGAACGUUUGGGGCUACUUUAGUGUUGCCGCGGCUGGAGGUCUGCACGAGUUUGCUGACUCCCAAUUUGGACACUGCUUCUCCUGGGGAGAGAAUCGCGAAGAAGCCAUCUCCAACAUGGUGGUGGCUCUGAAGGAGUUGUCUAUCAGAGGAGACUUCAGGACAACAGUGGAAUACCUCAUAAAGCUUCUGGAGACAGAAAGCUUUCAGCACAACAGCAUUGACACAGGCUGGCUAGACAGACUCAUCUCAGAGAAGAUGCAGGCAGAGCGCCCUGACACCAUGCUGGGAAUUGUGAGUGGGGCUCUUCACGUGGCAGAUGUUAAUCUAAGGAAUAGUGUGUCCAACUUCCUGCAUUCUCUGGAAAGGGGCCAGGUGCUGCCAGCACACACACUGCUCAACACCGUGGAUGUGGAGCUGAUCUACGAAGGCACCAAGUACGUUCUGACUGUGACACGCCAGUCGCCCAACUCCUAUGUGGUCAUAAUGAACAACUCCUCUGCUGAGGUUGAUGUCCAUCGACUCAGCGAUGGAGGUCUUUUGCUGUCCUAUGAUGGCAGCAGUUACACUACAUACAUGAAGGAGGAGGUGGACAGGUAUCGCAUCACUAUCGGAAACAAGACUUGUGUUUUCGAAAAGGAGAACGAUCCGUCACUGCUGCGAUCUCCAUCAGCAGGAAAAAUCAUUCAGUACACAGUGGAGGAUGGCGGGCAUGUGUUUUCUGGCCAGUGCUAUGCUGAAAUAGAGGUGAUGAAGAUGGUCAUGACUCUCACAGCUGCAGAGUCUGGUUGUAUCCACUAUGUGAAGAGAGGCGGAGCAGCACUGGAGCCCGGCUGUGUCAUUGCCAAGCUGCAGCUGGAUGACCCAAGCAGAGUGCAGCAGGCAGAGCUGCACACAGGGGUCCUGCCUUCUCUCCAGUCCGUAGCUCUGAGAGGAGAGAAGCUCCACAGAGUCUUCCAUAAUACACUCGAUCACCUUGUUCACAUCAUGAACGGCUACUGUCUUCCAGAACCUUUCUUCAGUGCAAGGUUGAAGGAGUGGGUGGAGAGGUUGAUGAAAACCAUGCGUGAUCCCUCUUUACCACUGCUAGAGCUUCAAGAAAUCAUGACCAGCGUGUCAGGUCGCAUCCCUCCUGCUGUGGAGAAAGCCAUCAAGAAGGAGAUGGCUCAGUAUGCCAGCAACAUCACCUCUGUGCUCUGCCAGUUUCCCAGUCAGCAGAUUGCAAAUAUCCUCGACAGCCACGCUGCUACUCUGAACAAAAAGUCAGAGAGAGAAGUCUUCUUCAUGAACACUCAGAGCAUUGUUCAGCUGGUGCAGAAAUAUCGCAGUGGAAUACGAGGUCACAUGAAGGCGGUGGUCAUGGACUUGCUCAGACAGUACCUGAAAGUAGAGAUCCAGUUUCAGAAUGGGCAUUAUGACAAAUGUGUUUUUGCACUACGGGAGGAAAACAAAGGCGACAUGGCCAACGUGCUCAACUAUAUCUUCUCCCAUGCUCAAGUCACCAAGAAGAACCUGAUGGUUACAAUGCUCAUUGACCAGCUGUGUGGCCGUGAUCCCACUCUGACAGAUGAACUGAUGACCAUCUUGACUGAACUCACCCAGCUCAGCAAGACGACCAAUGCCAAGGUGGCGCUGCGUGCUCGGCAGGUAUUGAUAGCUUCCCACCUUCCCUCUUAUGAGCUGCGACACAACCAGGUGGAGUCCAUCUUCCUGUCUGCCAUUGAUAUGUAUGGCCACCAAUUCUGCAUUGAGAACCUGCAGAAACUGAUCCUUUCAGAGACGUCCAUCUUCGAUGUCCUACCCAACUUCUUCUACCACAGUAAUCAGGUAGUCAGGAUGGCUGCGCUAGAGGUUUACGUGCGUAGAGCGUACAUUGCCUACGAGCUCAACAGCGUUCAGCAUCGACAACUCAGGGACAACACGUGCAUUGUAGAGUUCCAGUUCAUGCUGCCUUCCUCUCAUCCCAACAGAGGGAACAUCCCCACUCUAAACAGAAAAUUUUCCACUCCAAUCCUGGACACUUUUAAAGAAAUGGAAACUAAAAUACAGGAAGAUAGUAAAUCGAAGGAUGAUGGCACUGAGAGGAAAAAUGUCUCAGAUUCGGAAACUGUGGACAGGAUGUCAUUCUCAUCCAACCUGAACCACUACGGCAUGGUGCAUGUAGCCAGCGUCAGUGAUGUUCUACUUGACACGUCUUUUACACCACCCUGUCAGCGCAUGGGAGCCAUGGUCGCUUUCCGGUCCUUCCAGGAGUUCACCAGGAACAUCACAGAUGUGUUGAGCUGCUUCACUGACUCUCCUCCCCCAAGCCCCACUUACCCAGAGGGUGGUAAUCCUGUGCUGUAUGUUGAAGAGGACAACAAGAUUGUCCUAGAUGAGCCAAUCCACAUCCUGAAUGUGGCCAUAAAGACGGACAGUGACAUCGAUGACGACAGCCUGGCAGCCAUGUUCAGGGAUGUCACUCAUUCAAAGAAAUCCCUGCUGUUUGAACAUGGCAUCCGAAGGCUGACUUUCCUUGUGGCUCAGAAGGAUUUCAGGAAGCAAAUCAACUGUGAGGUGGACCAAAGGUUUCAUAGAGAGUUCCCCAAAUUUUUUACAUUCCGUGCCAGAGACAAGUUUGAGGAGGACAGGAUCUAUCGUCAUCUCGAGCCAGCACUAGCUUUCCAGUUGGAACUCAACCGCAUGCGUAAUUUUGCCUUAACUGCCAUCCCGUGUGCCAACCAUAAGAUGCACCUGUACCUGGGUGCAGCCCGCGUGGAGGUUGGCACAGAGGUUACAGACUACCGGUUCUUUGUGCGAGCCAUUAUUCGCCACUCUGAUCUCGUCACCAAGGAAGCCUCUUUCGAGUACCUUCACAAUGAAGCAGAGCGUUUGCUGCUAGAAGCCAUGGAUGAGCUAGAGGUGGCUUUCAACAACACAACUGUGCGAACUGACUGUAACCACAUCUUCCUGAACUUUGUUCCCACUGUCAUCAUGGACCCAUCAAAGAUUGAGGAGUCUGUCCGCUCCAUGGUCAUGCGUUAUGGGAGUCGGCUGUGGAAGCUGCGCGUCCUGCAGGCUGAACUGAAGAUUAACAUCCGCCUGACCCCAACGGGAAAACAAAUCCCCAUCCGCCUCUUUCUUACCAAUGAAUCGGGCUACUACCUCGACAUCAGUCUUUACAAGGAGGUCACGGAUGCCCGAACGGGACAGGUGGGGCCCAAAGACCGACAGAUCAUGUUCCAAGCAUAUGGAGAUAAGCAGGGUCCACUGCAUGGCAUGCUCAUCAACACGCCCUACGUCACCAAGGACCUGCUGCAGUCCAAACGCUUCCAGGCACAGUCUCUGGGCACCACCUAUGUCUACGACUUUCCAGAAAUGUUCAGACAGGCUCUGAAAAAAUUGUGGCACUCAGUUCAGGCCUUUGCUGACUUACCCAAAUGCCCGUUACCUUCAGAGCUGCUCACCUUUACAGAGCUGGUUCUGGAUGCCCAGGGUCAGCUGGUGCAGAUGAACCGACUGCCAGGAGGCAACGAGAUCGGUAUGGUGGCUUGGCGGAUGACCCUGCGAACUCCGGAGUAUCCAUUGGGACGUGAGAUCAUCGUCAUAAGUAAUGACAUCACGCACAAGAUUGGCUCAUUUGGGCCUCAGGAGGACGUGCUGUUCCUGCGAGCAUCCGAGAUGGCCCGGGAGAGCGGCAUCCCACGAAUCUACAUCGCAGCUAACAGCGGCGCACGCAUUGGGCUGGCUGAGGAAAUAAGACACAUGUUCCAUGUGGCUUGGCAAGACCCAACAGACCCAUAUAAGGGUUUCAAGUAUCUCUACCUCACACCUCAGGAUUACAAGAAGGUUUCAGCCCUGAACUCUGUGCAUUGCGAACACGUGGAGGAUGAGGGAGAAUCCAGGUACAAGAUCACCGACAUCAUUGGGAAGGAUGAAGGGCUUGGUGUGGAGAAUCUGAAAGGCUCUGGAAUGAUUGCCGGGGAAUCCUCUCUGGCUUACGAGGAAAUCAUCACCAUGAACCUGGUCACAUGUCGAGCCAUAGGAAUCGGGGCCUAUCUGGUGAGGCUGGGACAGCGAACCAUCCAAGUGGAAAACUCUCAUAUUAUUCUUACGGGAGCUGGAGCGCUCAACAAGGUGCUGGGCAGAGAAGUGUACACAUCCAACAACCAGCUGGGUGGAAUUCAGAUCAUGCACAACAAUGGCGUGACCCACUCCACUGUUUGUGACGACUUUGAAGGAGUCUUCAAUCUUCUGCAAUGGCUCUCCUACAUGCCUAUGUGUAAAUCCAGUCCAGUGCCCAUUCUCAGUGCCAAAGAUCCCGUAGAUCGGUCAGUAGAUUUCGUUCCUACAAAGGCUCCAUAUGAUCCUCGCUGGAUUUUGGCGGGACGCCCCAGCCAGUCUCCUAAGGGUUCCUGGCAGAGUGGUUUCUUUGACCAGGGCUCUUUCAUGGAGAUCAUGCAGCCAUGGGCUCAGAGUGUGGUGGUAGGCAGAGCCAGAUUGGGUGGGAUACCUACUGGAGUGGUUGCUGUGGAAACCAGGUCAGUGGAGCUGUCAAUCCCAGCUGACCCUGCCAAUUUGGACUCAGAAGCUAAGAUCAUCCAACAGGCAGGACAAGUGUGGUUCCCGGACUCUGCUUUCAAAACAGCACAGGCUAUUAAGGACAUGAACCGUGAAGGCCUGCCUCUCAUGGUGUUUGCCAACUGGAGGGGCUUUUCUGGAGGCAUGAAAGAUAUGUAUGACCAGGUGUUGAAGUUUGGGGCCUGCAUUGUGGACGGGCUGAGGGAAUACAAGCAGCCGGUGCUGGUUUAUAUUCCUCCACAGGCUGAACUUAGGGGAGGCUCCUGGGUGGUCAUAGAUCCCACCAUCAACCCUCGUCACAUGGAGAUGUACGCUGACAAGGAUAGCCGAGGUGGAGUGUUGGAGCCUGAAGGAACAGUGGAGAUUAAGUUUAGGAGGAAGGACUUGGUGAAGACCAUGAGAAGAGUGGAUCCGGUUUACAUGAGCUUGGCUGAAAAACUGGGAACCCCUGAGCUGAGCCCCCCUGAUCGCAAAGAGCUAGAGACCAAGCUGAAGGAACGUGAAGAGUUCCUUCUGCCCAUCUACCACCAGGUGGCUGUACAGUUUGCUGACCUUCAUGACACCCCAGGUCGCAUGCAAGAGAAAGGUGUUAUCACGGAUAUCCUGGAAUGGCAAACGUCCCGCCACUUCUUCUACUGGCGUCUGCGGCGUCUGCUGUUGGAGGAGACGGUGAAGAGGAAGAUCCAAGCUGCCAACGGCGAGCUGACAGACGGUCAGAUCCAAGCUAUGCUGCGCCGCUGGUUUGUGGAGGCCGAGGGAGCCGUCAAGGCUUAUCUGUGGGACAACAAUGAAGAAGUGGUGGGAUGGCUAGAGAGGCAGUUGGCUGAAGAAGAGGGCGCAAGGUCCGUCAUCGACGAGAACAUCAAGUACAUCUGCCGUGAUCACAUCCUCAAGCAAAUCCGCAGCCUUGUUCAAGCCAAUCCAGAGGUUGCCAUGGAUUCUAUUGUGCAUAUGACCCAGCACAUCUCACCCACACAGAGAGCUGAGGUUGUCCGUAUCCUGUCCACUAUGGAGACGUCCGCCUCCUCCUAGUGGGAGCCUGGCAUCUCCUCCCUUCUUCCCUCCUUCCCCCCUUCCCUCCUUCCUUCCCUAUCUGGCUGAGCCGCAGUUCAGGCCUCGACCACAGCCACAGGAGCGACGACUUAGCCGCUGCUCCUAACUGAGGCCUGUGCUGGAAACUGAGGCUGAAGGAGCCAACAUGACGGCACCUGGCAGCUGCCAGGUCACUGUAUGAACCGUUGGCAAUGAUUCUCACCAAGCAAGCGAGUUCAGUGACUCAACAUUUUUGUGAAAUUGUCAUGCGCGUGUGGCGGCGUUCAGAUAAAUCCAUAGAUUCUGUGUUUUGUAAGUGCAAUUGAGAGAUGACUCGGAAAGAAAAUCUCAACCAUUAGGAGUUUUCACUCAUGGCUCAAAUAUGACAUAAGUUGUCAUGUUAACCUUCUUACUUCAGUGUUUGUCUAAUGUCUAAAACCAUGAAUCAUCACUACAUUUUGUUUUACACCUUUUAAAUCUAGGCAAGGCAAGGCAGUGUGCCAUCUAGUUGUCAGCAUAUGUAACUGCAAGGUACAAAGAAAGCUUUAUGUUGUCUAGAAGAAGGUAUCCUACAUUGUACUCCACGUGGGAGUGGGCAUGUAAGCACGAGAGAGAUCAUUUCCCAUAACUACCACUGAAUUGUUUAUGCAUUUCCUAUGUCGCUCAUUUUUGACCAGGAAAACCAAAAGCAUGACUCAGGAUUUGUAUUUGUCGAGAUGCUUAGUGUGGAGGACGUCAUCAAAUCUUGAGGCAGUAAGAUGGAAAACACAAUAUUUACACUUACGGAACAUCAUUAGAGAUGCUGAGAUUAGACUGAACUCAGGAGGAAGAUGAAACCGUAACAUACUCUACGGUGUUUUGAAGACCAGCUUGACAGUGACAACACAUUACUGAGGGCAUUGAUGGGAAAAAAUGGGACAUAGGCAGCACUUAGUUACUGAACAAAGGUGGGGGGGGGGGGG